CCUUAACGAGAACCACCGAAGAAAAAUUCGUCAUUUCCGGGGCAGGAUAGUGUGACGAACAGACACGUGAUCAGUAUAAAAACACAUGAGCCUUUGUUUGCCUCCUGUUGCGCACCGUCUAUUCUGGGAGUUUAGAUUUUACAGAGACGCAAUUAUGGUAGAGGCAGACCGACCAGGGAAACUCUUCAUCGGUGGGCUCAACACCGAGACUAACGAGAAGGCCCUUGAGCAAUAUUUCGGCAAAUAUGGCAGAAUAGUUGAAGUGCUGUUAAUGAAAGAUCGUGAAACAAACAAGUCGAGAGGUUUUGCUUUUGUGACUUUCGAGAACCCGGCUGAUGCAAAGGAUGCUGUUCGGGAAAUGAAUGGGAAGUCCCUCGAUGGUAAGCCAAUCAAAGUAGAGCAAGCCACAAAGCCCCAGUUUGAGUCCGGAGGCCGGCGUGGCCCACCGUCCCUGCAUCGCGGCCUGCCGAGAGGUCCACGGGGUUCCAGAGGAGGACUGAGUGACAUGAGAGGCCCACCAGACAGAGGGAUUCCAGAUCCCUUUUACAAGGGGAUGUCUUCCAGAGGUCCGCCCCCAAUGAAAAGAGGACCCCCAAUUCACAACGGAGGGCCGCCACCCAAGAGGCCAGCGCCAUCCGGACCAAUGGGCAGGCCUCCCAUGUCCAGGGACAGAGACCCCUACGGUCCUCCACCCCCCCGCAGGGACUCCAUGCUCUCACGGAGGGACGACUACCCUUCACCCAGGGACGACCAUUACAGCAGUAAAGACAGCUACUCCAGUCGGGACUACAUGAGCUCGAGGGACACCAGAGACUACGCACCACCCCCCCGGGACUACAGCUACCGGGAAUACCCACAUUCCAGUUCCCGUGAUGAGUACGGGUCCAUGUCGCGGGGCUACAGCGACCGUGACGGUGGCUACAGUGGAGGACGAGAGCCACGGGGCUACAUGGAUCGGCCCAGCUCAGGCUCCUACAGAGAACCUUACGAUGGCUACGGUAACUCUCGCAGCGCCCCGCCCUCGCGGGGCCCCCCUCCAUCCUACGGUGGGAGUGGCGGAAGCAGUCGCUAUGACGACUAUGGCAGCAGUUCCCGGGACGGAUACGGCGGUCGCGACAGUUACCCCGGCAGCCGGAGCGACCCGUACUCCGCUAGCCGCGGCGAGCGAAUGGGCAGACUGGAGCGGGGGCCGGCCCCCCCGCCCAUCGAGAGAGGCUACCCUCCUCGCGAUGCGUAUGGCAGCUCGAGCCGCGGGGCGCCCCGCGGUGGCGGGCGUGGCGGCGGCGGCGGAAGCAGCCGGGUCGAUCACGGGCUCGCUCGCAGCAGAUACUGAAAUGGACUUACGGAAGGAAGAACGGAGAGGCCUCGGACUGUGCUCUUUUUUUUUUUUUUCUUUUUUUUGUGUGUUUGAUUUUUUAUUUUUACGUUCAUUUUUGCAAAGGAGGAAACGAAAGGAAAGAACCAAGAGGGACGUUAAAAUUGUGGAUAAAAGCUAAAAGACGAGCUUCCUACCCCCUCCAAAGGUUUCACUGUUUCUUUUGAGAAGUUACGUGUUGAAUAAGUUUUAUAUUUCUCCCCCUACCCUCCUGUAUGGUAGUACUGUUGCCAUUUUAAGUGAGUGUUCAGUUUUGUUUUUUUUGUACAUUAGUGCUAUUAUCCUGCAAAUCCCUGGAAUAAUGCCUUUCAUUUAUUAAUAAAAGUUUUUAAUCAAC